UUCUCGGAGCGUUGCGCGUGCUUCUGUUGUGCGGGCUGAUCCGAGCAUUCUGGGAAGUGUCUCCCAGGUGGUUUCUGUUAGCAUCCGCUCCCCUUGUCAUCCCUUGAAUCUCCUCUCCCACAACUUCCUCGACUGAUCCCUGGAUCUGGAGGUUUGCGGGAUUGGCGGCGGGCGGCCGUAGGGGAGUCGGCUCCAGGCUGGCGAAAGGGAAGCGCAGGGCUCCCAGGGAGCCUCCCUCCAUCCCACAGAAAUCAUCGCACUGAUAGGGUCUCAGCGCGUGGUUCCGUCGGCCUCCUGCCUCAGCCUCUGGUGUGUUUCGAUGACAGCCUGACGUCUCGACAAGGGCGGAGUGGAAGGUGAAGUCCUAACUCCUUCAGCAAGGCUCCUGAAGCAACAGUGAGACAAGGCUUGAGAUGCUGGCUGUGGGCUGAGGCUGGGUUCAGGGACCCCACCUGCCUCCGCCCUCACCCGUGCGUGGGUGCAACAACUGCCAUCUUUGUUGGUAAGAAUGCCCUAAAAUACCAGGUACCUCACCGAGGGAGCUGCCUGUGUGUGUUCAUUUGCUUGCCGUCACAAUCUUGGGACUGACAUUCAAUCUCUGUCCUUUUUAUAGCCAAGGAUGCACACAGCAGUUUAGGUGUUGGGACCCAGGCCACACGAUAGCUUCUCCUUUACAGGGAUGUGUGAGGAACCUGUGUGGGGCAGUGUGCUAGCGUGCAUGCGCUACUCAGGGUCCCUGGUGUGCCAAACACUAGCACAUUCCUAGCUCUUAUAAUGACUUUUGAGAUAAGGUCUCACUGUGUAAUCCAGGCCAAUUUGAACUGACAGCAGUCCCGCCUCCGUCUCUCCUGAUUGCUAGAAUUGCAGGUGUGUGACAUCUUGCCAAGCUCUUGUUUCUGUCCAACAGUGAUGACUCCUGCAGCCUGUUAAUUCCAAUUACACUGAUUUAUAACAAAUGUAUUACCUGCAUCUCACGCAGUUGGGGACUUUAUUCGAUUGUCUCUGUUUCUACCAUAAAGUCUUUCAUGGCUCUCCUCUUAGCUUGACGGGUUUGUAGAAUCUUAAGUCUUCGAGAAGCUGGCCACCCAGGCAGCCUGCUUUUUAGUGAGCACCAUUUUCUACUGUCCCAGGAUGAAAGGCAGAUCCGGAGACAAGAGAAGGGUGUCUGCUUGAAGCCCAGCAGUUGCAUGUGUAGCCGGGCAGGUCACUCUUCAGCCAGGGGCUCGAAGCCGCAGGGGAUCAUGGUGUUUGAGUCAGCCUCCUUGAGGAAGGAGCACAGUUGCUGCCCACAGACAGCAGCUGCUGAGCUGCUCACACCCUGGCUGGGUUCUCAUGGCUUUUUUUUCUUUCUGCUUCCUUCACUGCACCUUCUUAAGACCCAUCCAUUCCCCAGGAGGACGAUGACCAAGGUCAAGACAGGGUUCCAUCCUGUCCUGGAACUCAUAUGGCUUCAAACUGACAAGUCACCCUCCUGUCUCAGCCUCCCACGUGCUGCAAUUGCAAGUCGUGUGCAGGGGUGUGUGUGUGGUCCAGCAUAUGACGUGCUGGGGGUGGGACCCAGGGCUUUGUGGAUGCCAGGCAGGAGAUGGUGACCUUCAGGGAUGUGGCUGUGGUCUUCAGUGAGGAGGAGCUGGGGCUGCUGGACGCUGCUCAGAGGAAGCUGUACCACGAUGUGAUGCUGGAGAACUUCAGGAUGCUGCUCUCAGUGGGAGACAAGAAUCUAGAGGCGAUGGAGUCUCUUGAGGAAGUGGGAUUGAGGCACCUGCCACACGAGGAGCUUUUCUGCUCACAAAUCUGGCAGCAAGUUUCAGGGGACCUAACAAAGGCUGGAGACUGCAGAGUAAGCAUCAGGGAAACUGGCUCUCCAUUGAAACGAGAUGAUGCGCAUCGUGGGGACAAGGAGUACAGCAAACAUUCCAGUCAGAUAUCACGGCUCCAACUCCACUGUGGAAUAAGCAGUGGUAAAGAACCGUACAGAGAGGAGAGGAGCAAGAAAGACUCUUGGGACUCUCCUCUUCAGGCUAACGGGCAACCCACCGCAGGAGAGAAGAGGUAUAGAUGUGAAAAAUGUGACCACUCCUUCUGUCGGUUAUCAGGUCUCCAAGCCCAUCAGGUGAGGCACACCGGAGAGAAACCAUACAAGUGUGAGGAGUGUGGCAAGGGCUUCACUCGGGCCUCCACCCUUCUGGACCAUCAGAGAGGCCACACUGGAAACAAGCCCUAUCAGUGUGAUGCUUGCUGGAAGAGUUUCUGUCACAGUUCGGAGUUUAACAAUCACAUACGAGUCCACACGGGAGAGAAACCCUAUGUAUGCGAGGAGUGUGGGAAAGGCUUCAGCCAGGCCUCCCAUCUCCUGGCCCAUCAGAGAGGCCACACUGGAGAGAAACCCUACAAAUGUAGCACGUGUGGGAAAGGAUUCAGCCGGAGUUCAGAUCUUAACGUUCACUGUAGAAUCCAUACAGGAGAGAAACCCUAUAAGUGUGAGAUGUGUGGGAAAGCCUUCAGUCGAGUCUCCAUUCUCCAAGUGCACCAGAGGGUCCACAGUGAAGACAAACCGUACCAGUGCGCAGAGUGUGGGAGGGGCUUCACUGUAGAGUCACACCUUCAAGCCCACCAGAGGUCCCACACCGGAGAGAGACCCUAUCAAUGUGAGGAGUGCGGGAGAGGCUUUUGUCGGGCCUCCAAUUUUCUGGCUCAUCGUGGGGUCCACACAGGAGAGAAACCGUAUCGAUGUGACAUAUGCGGAAAACGCUUCCGGCAGAGGUCCUACCUCCAUGACCACCACAGGAUCCACACAGGAGAGAAACCAUACAAAUGCGAGGAGUGUGGGAAAGUCUUCAGUUGGAGCUCAUACCUCAAAGCCCACCAGAGGGUUCACACGGGAGAGAAACCGUACAAGUGCGAGGAGUGUGGGAAGGGCUUCAGCUGGAGCUCAAGUCUCCUAAUUCACCAGCGAGUCCAUGCCGAGGAUGAGGGUCGCAAGGAUUUGCCUGCAUCAGAAGGCUCGCAGAGGAAACAAACUCUAUAAUGUUUUAUAUUUUGAUAUUUUAAGUGGAAGAUGAAAGGUCCCAAUUCUUAGAGUUCUCAAGGGAGACAAAGAAGUUGUAGUAUCUAUUAGCCUUUUAACUGGAAGGGGGAUGCAUUGCGAUGCUUGGGAGACCACAAGUAGGGAAGCCUUGUAAGUCGGAGCCAUGUAGACUUCAGUCUGAACGUGGAGACAGUAACUGAGGGAAAGUUGAGUGUGAUCUGGAGUUAUCUCAAAGGCAGGGACCAGGUCUGUCCCACAGGAACAACUUAUGUUGCUGGUUGCAACCCCGCGUGGGGCUUCAUGACCCUAAGUAACAGUCACAAGAUAUUUAGGAACGCUACAAGCUUUCUGCAUAUCCAGUGACCAGAACCUCAGAAUUCAACAGGUAAUAAUAAAUCCUAGGGGCUUCUGGCAGCUCUUACCCAUGAUGCAAUUGUGUGACUUCACUGCAGCCUUCCUCGGAAUACACAGUGUGAACCCGUACACGUCACCGUCACCACACACAGGGCCCACAGGCACUGCUUGAAGCCUCUCUGCUCAGGGCCAGCAUUGUUGUCUGUUACAAAUUGCACUGCUUUCUACUGUACACAUGUUUUCUGUGCUUCCUGAAGCUUUAAUUACAGUAUUUUUCUAUUCUCAUUCUUCAGUGCUUAAGCAUCAAGCUAGUUUAGCUGCAGAUUAUGUUGUGUGUCUCAGCGUGAUUUCAACCAUUCCCAUUAUUCCCUGAACAGAAAGUGUUUCAUGGCACUACUAUGCAAAUUUGAUUUUGUGGUUAAUAAAUUAUCACUUAUUGAAAUUGUUUCAAAAUACAUUUCUUCCUGAUUAACAGUA